UCCUCCUGGCUCUAAGAGCAUCUCCACACUUCCCUUCCUCUCCCCCUCCCUGGGGGCCUGGGAGAAUUCUCCCCAGAAUUCCCCCUCCCCCAUGCCCCCGCCCCAGGCAUUGCCACAAGGGUGGGGGGGGGGGGGGGGGGGAGGCCAGUCUCAGCUGUCUGAAGGAUGGAGGGGCCGGGGAAGCAGGGCUAGGUGCCCAGACGGCCGCGUGUGUGGGAGGGGAUGUCCUCAGAUGCCCUCCACCCGGCAGUCCCCGCUCUGACGUGGGUGCCCCCCCCCUCCCCGCCCGGAUUAGUGGCAGCUUGGCCUGACUCUCCGGGGCUCCUUCCCCCGCCCCCGCCUGCUGCCCUCCCCUGGGCAGGGGGCUGCUCCACCCGAGGGCACAGUGCUUGCCCAGGGUGCUGGAGGAGGAAACCGGCGGAGCAGCUUCCCCACUCUCAGUUGCGCGUCUGGCGAUGGCGAUCAGAGGUCCUGCUGCGCUCUCUGCCGCGCUCUCCCUCCAUUAGCUGCGCUGUGCCCUGCUGCGCCCUCGCUGGUGCCUCUCUACUGGGUCCCGGGAUCGGCCCCCCUUCCAGGCACGACCCCCUCCCCCGGCCCCUGGCCUUUCCCCCAACUCGGCCAUCUCCGACCCGGGGCGCGCGUUCCCCCCGGCCCGGCUCCCUCUCACCCUCCGGGGGCACCCGCUCCCCAGCCCCAGCCCGGCCCUCCCCGCGGCGCAGCACGGAGUCUCGGCGUCCCAUGGCGCAACCCACGGCCUCGGCCCAGAAGCUGGUGCGGCCGAUCCGCGCCGUGUGCCGCAUCCUGCAGAUCCCGGAGUCCGACCCCUCCAACCUGCGGUCCUAGAGCGCCCCCGCCGCCCCGGGGGAAAGAG